CAUAACACAGGCAGCUUUGCAAACUCUACUAAACACUACAAAUAUGUAAAUAGCGUGCUAAAGAAGGAACUAGGACAGCUAUACAUUAGGGUCCCUAGUUUCUUUAAUGCCUACUUUAAAAGCGUCCUAGAUCUAGAGUUAGUAGCGCAGGCUGUGUUUAAUAAGUGCAAAGAAAGGGAUAAUCUGCUCUACAAAAAGGAGAGUAGCUAG